UGCUGCAGUCAUGGGUGAGUGGGGCUUCCUCGGUGGAUUCUUCGACAGCCUCCAGACCCAGUCGCCGAUGCUGGGUCGCUUCUGGCUCUUCCUCGUGCUGGUGUUUAGGAUAGUGAUCCUGGGAACCGUGGCCAGUGACAUGUUUGAGGAUGAGCAAGAGGAGUUUACUUGUAACACCCUCCAACCGGGAUGUAAGCAGGUGUGUUAUGACAUGGCUUUCCCCAUCUCCCAGUACAGAUUCUGGGUGUUUCAUAUAGUCCUCAUCGCUACACCUUCUCUGCUUUACCUCACGUACGCCUCACAUCAAAAUAACAAGAGGGCCAACCGCUCCACAUCAAGCCAAAAGAUUCGCAGGGAGAAGAGAGAGGAACGAACUUUAAGGAGGCUCUACAUUAUCACUGUGAUCUUCCGAAUAGUGGCAGAAAUUGGCUUCCUGUUUGCCCAGUGGUAUCUCUAUGGCUUCAAGGUGGAAGCCCAGUUCCUGUGUAGCCGUUUUCCCUGUCCCCAAAUAGUGGAAUGUUUCACAUCCCGCCCUACAGAGAAAACAGUCUUCCUCUUCUUCUACUUUGCUGUAGGGGUGAUAUCAGCAUUUUCCAGCUGUGUGGAGCUUCUCUACAGCUCUGGGAAGUGGUUCUGCUCAAGCCAGGAACGCUUAGAUCACCACUGUGACUGCGAGAACCUCCACAACUUCAUGCAAGAGGAGACAAAGGAGAAACCAGGAAUAAAGACAGUGUCAGAGAGCACGGCCAGCAGUGUGAAAGGGAAGAAAGGAUCACUGAGAAGCAGCUCCAGUCGAAAGGUCUCCAGCAUCGGUCACAAGUCCAAGAAACUAAGAGGAAAAUAUGUGAGCGGCAAGAGGCUUUCAGCGUUAGAGGUCGCUGAAUCUCACAUGCUGCAAUCAUAG